AUGUCGGUCGGUCGAACGCCGAUAAAAACGACGGUGGAUCCCGAGCAGGUGAAGAUGCUCAUCCACCAACGCGGAGUAGUGAAAGGGAAAGUGACGAAAAUCCACAAUACGCUCGAGAAUGCUGAAGACCAUCCGGAGUUAGUGAGUGUGCCCCUGCUGAAAGUGUUCCAGAAGAAAUUAGAAAUGCACUACAGUGAAUAUGAGGCAAUCCAUCGCGAAGUGUUGUCAGUGACGCCGCCAUCCAAGGUUGAAGAGCAGGAUGGAAAGCUGGAGGAGUUUGACAAACUGCACACCGAUGCCUUGGUCAGACUGGAGCAGCUGAUGGAGAGUCUCACCAAGCAACCUGCCACCGCGAAUGUCAACGCUGGAACAGCACCUCCCGUUGUGGUGCAGCAAUCCCUCAAAGCUCCGAUACCCUGCUUUGAUGGGAAAACCGAGAACUGGCCAAAGUUCAAGGCAAUGUUUUCGGACGUGGUGUGCAACAGCAGCGACUCGGAUGCCGUCAAAUUCCAUCACUUGGACAAGGCCCUUGUCGGUGAUGCCGCCGGACUCAUCAACGCCAAGAUGAUUACUGACAACAACUUCAAGGAAGUCUGGAGGCAGCUGACCGAGCAGUUCGAGAACCCGAGAGUGAUUGUGGACACCCACGUCGAGGGAUUGAUUCGUCUGAAGCCGAUAGCGAAGGGAAGCUACAAGGAUCUCCUGGAGCUGAUCAAGACCUGCGAGCGCCACGUAGCUGGACUGGAGUACCAGGGACUGAAGGUGGAUACCCUCUCCGGCAUCCUCAUCACCAAGCUGCUGACGUCGCGGCUGGACGACCACACCCUUCAGCUGUGGGAGCGCAACCAGAAGCACGGUAAGUUACCCGACUUCAGCGAUACGAUGCGGUUCUUGAAAGAUACUCCACCUAAGCCUCAACCCAAGUCUUUCAACCAAAAGGUCCAUUCUGUCACAUCCUCAAACCAAUCAAGUCAAUGUCAGUUUUGCAAUGAAGACCAUCGUCAUUAUGAAUGCCCGAAGUUUAACCAAAUGUCUGUUUCUGAGCGUAUCAUCAAGGUGAAGGAGUUGAAGAUCUGCUUCAAUUGCCUUCGGCCUGGACAUCGAGUUAUCGAUUGUUCCACCAAAAGAGUUUGCGCGAAGUGUAAGAAGCGACACCAUACGCUUCUACACGAAGAAUCUUCGUUGAAGCCCCAGUCUGAACCCCUUCCUCAGAAGAACGAUUCUCCAAAGGUUAACGCGGAAGUGAGCAAUACACCCAAACCCCCAACGUCAGCAGCCCCAAAUACCUCGUGCUCGUGCAGUAAUCCCCAAACUGUGAAAACCGUGAUGCUGUUGACGGCCGUUGUUAACCUCGAAGAUUGUCGUGGUAAUGUGGUUCCGUGCCGCACCCUUUUAGAUAGUGGAUCCCAAGUGUGCUUCCUGUCAGAAGUGAUGGCCAACCGAUUGUCCAUUCCCCGUGAGUCUGUAAGCGUUCCAGUUACAGGAAUCGGUGAAGCCAAGUUCUAUGCUCGUGAGAAGCUGAACGUGUCAGUUUACUCCAGGUAUUCGAACUUUUCUACCACCGUCGAGUGUCUGAUUGUACCGAAGGUUACUGGAAUUAUUCCAUCGUCGAAGAUUGAUAUCUCCUCUUGGUCGAUUCCAGCAGGGAUACAAUUAGCCGAUCCCGAGUUUUUCGUGCCAGAGCGGAUUGAUAUGCUCAUUGGUGCUUCGAAGUUUUUUGAUUUGCUUAAGUCAGGUCACCUCCGACUAGCAGAUGGUUUGCCAGAACUCCAUGAGACCCAUUUCGGAUGGGUUGUUGCGGGUGAGAUAGACGAUCGUGUUGUCAAUACGGUGCAACAAGUGCAUUCCGCCACUGUGGAUUCUUUGAAUGAUACCGUGAAGAAGUUCUGGAAACUGGAAGAGAUUGCUGAUACCCCGAGCCUAGGAACCGAGCAGGACGAGUGUGAGGACACCUUCCAAAGGACCCACCAUCGAACACCAUCUGGAAGAUAUGUUGUGCAAUUACCCUUUCGAGAAGAUGUCGACAAGCUUUGUGACAACCGAGAGAUGGCUCUUCGUCGUUUCCUUGCGUUGGAAAGGCGACUCGUGAAGGAUCCUACCCUGAAGGAGCAGUACGUUCGAUUCAUCCAAGAGUAUGAAGAGUUAGGCCAUUGCAGAGAAGUGGAUGAAACCCGUGAUCAUCCAUCGCAUGGACGCUACUAUUUACCGCACCACGCCGUGUUGAGACCAUCUAGCUCCACAACCAAGCUACGAGUGGUUUUUGACGCCUCGGCGCGGCCAUACCAAGGCGCAAGGUCGCUAAAUGACGUUCUGCAAGUCGGUGGCAACGUGCAAAAUGAUUUGUUCAGCAUCCUACUUCGAUUCCGCAGACAUGCCGUAGCCUUCACUGCCGACAUCACGAAGAUGUAUCGGCAAGUGCUGGUUGAUCCAUCGCAGACUUGUUACCAAAGGAUUUUUUGGAGAGACAGCCCAGACAAACCACUGAGAGUACUGGAGUUACAGACCGUAACGUACGGGACUGCCGCUGCACCUUUUCUAGCCACCAGGUGUUUGAGCCAGUUGUGCGAGGACGAAGGAGGCAGGUUCCCAGUUGCAGCGAAAAUAGUGCAAAAGGACUGUUACGUCGAUGACGUCCUUUCAGGAGCCGAGAGCGUAGAAGAAGCAGUUAAUGCCCAGCAGCAGUUACAACAGCUGUUGCGAUGUGGUGGAUUCCCGAUACAUAAAUGGAGUUCGAAUUGUCCAGCGAUGCUUACCAAUGUUCCCGAGACAGACCGAGAGAAACUGAUACGCUUGGAUCAAGAGUCGACCCGAGAAGUAGUCAAGACCCUGGGACUGACUUGGAGCCCCAUAGCCGAUGAGUUUGUGUUCGUUGCCAGUAGUUGUGCCAAGGUUCCAAGUAGGUACACAAAGCGGAUGGUAUUUUCUGAGAUUGGUAGAUUGUUCGAUCCGCUGGGCUUGGCAUCACCCGUUGUCGUUGUUGCUAAGAUGCUAAUGCAAGAGAUUUGGAAGUCUGGUCUACCAUGGGAUGCCGAGCUUGAUGGAGAACUACUUCAGUGGUGGCUGACUUUCCGUGACGCUUUACCAGGAGUUUGCGAUUUGAGCAUACCCCGCCGUGUGAUUUCCCAACAAGCCGUUGCCCUGGAAAUACACGGAUUUUCAGAUGCGUCGAUUCGAGCGUACGGAGCCGUGUUGUAUGUGAGAAGCAUUCUACCAAAUGGCACUGCACAGCUAGCCCUGUUGUGCAGUAAGUCGAAGGUGUCGCCUAUCGCUGAGGUGAGCAUUCCACGCAAAGAAUUGCUGGCUGCUCGUCUGCUGUCUCGACUUGUGGUAAAGGUUAUUGAUUCUCUUGAGCUGGAUAUUUCCAAUGUGACUCUGUGGUCCGAUAGUCAAAUUGUACUCGCAUGGCUCAGAAAACCCUUGGCUUCACUGCAGAUCUUCGUCCGAAAUAGAGUAUCAGAAAUCAACAAGGAGACUAGUGGCUACACAUGGAAGUAUAUCCCCACCAAGGAGAACCCUGCGGACAUAAUAUCAAGAGGCAUGCUUCCUAAUGCUUUGAAGUCAAGCGAGUUGUGGAGGAAUGGCCCAGGGUUCCUAUGGGAUUCUGAUUACCAAGUUGAGUCGCCAACAGAUAUCCCAGAUGCGGAGCUGCCGGAGAUGAAACAGGUCGUGGUUGUAGCGUCAACCGCCUUCAACAGAGACCAACUUCCCGUAUUUUCUAAAUACAGUUCCUUCCGUAAGCUUCAGCGAGUGAUAGCUUACGUCCAGCGUUUUAUCUCAAAUUGUCGUGAAAAGGAUGACAAGCUCCGUGUCAAACUGAGACACACCAGUGUUCCAGAGCUCCGUAAAGCAAUGGAGCUGAUUAUAAAGAUCGUUCAGCACGAGGUUCUUGGAGAUGAAAUCAGACGGAUUAAUCAAAACGAGCCUUGUAAGAAAAUUGCACAGUUGCACCCUAUAUACCAGGAUGGAGUUUUGAGAGUCGGAGGGAGAUUGAAACACUCGUCCAUGAUGUCAGAAGCAAAACACCCGUACAUACUUCCGAGGCACCCGAUUGUUGACCUAUUGAUUCGAGCAUACCAUUUGGAGAACCUGCACGAGGGACCGUCUAGUUUGCUUGCGAACCUGCGCACUCGUUUCUGGAUACUAGACGGACGAUCGGCCGUGAGAAAAGUCACCAGAGGUUGCGUCACCUAUUUCCGUGCAAACCCAAAAUGUUCCACGCAGCAAAUGGGCAAUCUACCUUCUUGUCGGGUAACGCCGGCUCAUCCAUUCGAGAUCACGGGCGUAGAUUAUGCAGGACCUGUAUAUGUGAAACAAGGGCGCCACCGACCGAGAUUAGAGAAAGCAUAUCUGGGAGUCUUCGUGUGCAUGGUCACAAGGGCUGUGCACCUGGAGUUAAUUUCCGACAUGACCACCGAAGCCUUUGUUGCGGCAUUACAUCGAUUCACCGCAAGAAGAGGAGUACCGAGAGAGAUCCAUUCUGACAAUGGAUCCAACUUCCGAGGAGCGAGAAACGAGUUGCACGAGCUGUUUGAAUUGUUCCGCUCAGAAGCGUUUGAGAAUGAGAUUGAGGAUUUUUGUCAGCCAAGGGAAAUUUCAUGGCACUUCAUUCCUCCUGAAGCGCCAAACUUUGGGGGAAUUUGGGAGGCUGCUGUGAAAAGCGCAAAAUUCCAUUUGAAAAGAACUCUCAAAGACGCUCGGUUAACAUUUGAGGAGUAUGUGACAGUCUUGGUUCAGGUUGAGGCACUUCUAAAUUCAAGACCGCUCUAUUCCGUAUCGUCUGACCCGGGUGACCCUGAAGUGAUCACACCGGGACACUUCUUGAUUGGCCGGCCCUUAACUGCCAUACCGGAACCCAGCUAUGAGGGUAGCCCGGUCAAUCGUCUAAGUCGUUGGCAAUACCUCCAGAAACUGCGAGAAGGUUUCUGGCAUAAGUGGAAGCGCGAAUACCUUCAGUCCCUACAAGGUCGAAACAAAAACAGGACUAAGCAGCCAAACAUCCAGCCCGGCAUGAUUGUGCUGCUAGAGGAGAAGGACACACCGCCACAACGAUGGAAACUUGGAAAGAUUGUGAGAACCUACCCUGGAACCGACGAGUUGGUUCGUACCGUCGAUGUGCAGGUCGGAGAAUCCAUCUACAAGCGACCGAUAACGAAAAUCGCCGUAUUACCGAUUGAGGACAACAUCAUCGUGUCAGAAGCUUCUUCAGAGAGCAAGUCUCAGCCCGGGGGAGUAUGUUCACGCCCAAGCGAGAACGGAGCGCCAUGUGACAUCUCCAUAUGUUGUGGAAACGACGAGACACAGAAACCCGCCGAAACACCCAGAAACACCGGGAAGCAACGACGCGGACGCGCCGAACGGGCACGAGAUGCGAACUCACCCGAGAGAGUGUCAUCAUCAUCAUCACCCAGCAGGGAGAGCGACGACGACCGUCAUUAUUGCAACAGCGAGAGCGACGACGACCGUCAUUUACGCAGCAGAGAGAGCGAUGAUGAGAGAGAGAGAGAGAGAAAGCGGCAGCGCCAGCGACGACCAGCGCGGCUGCUCGCGUUGCGUUGA